AUGGCCAGCCACGAAAUGGGGCACCUGCCUCUCCCACCUCAAAACACAGCACACCAACGACUGUCGUCUGAACCCAACUCACCUUGGGAUUCCGUGGAGGAUCUUCCAGAACCGGUCUUGCCAUGGAUGAAAUCGGAAUCUCGUCAAUCGUUUGGCGCCAGCUCUCGCAGCUCUGUUGAAUCAGGCAGUCUACACGUAGUAAAGCGAUACCAACCUGAUCCUGAUGCAAAGAAGCGACAAAUUUGGACUGCUCGCAAAUGGUGGAUUUUAUUCUCUAAUACACUGCUGUUUUGCUAUGGCCUCGGUAUCUUGCUGUUGGCACUUUUGACAUUCUUUAAACUUUAUCAACGUGCUGAUGUCGUGAUUGUGGGUGAACGAAUGAUCCUUAAUCUAAUCACUUCUACUGGAGCCAUCUGCUUGUUCUCUGCGUUGCUUGGCUACAUCGGUAUCAUGCUCAACAACCGAGCCAUUCUCACAAUCUACAACCUCUUCUUGUGGGUUUGCUUUGGUAUGAUUGCCGCUAUUGGUUAUGUCGCCUACCGUAAGAACAAGUGGAACAUUGAGGGCAAAUUGUCGUACCAAUGGCAUUAUGAUCUUACGUCCGAUGGAAGAUCAAGAGUCCAGGCUAAUCUUCAUUGCUGUGGAUACAAGGCAUUCACCGACUUCCAUGAACGAUCCAACAAGUGCUUCCCGCGUACGCUUUUGCCUGGCUGCAAGUUCAAGUACCAGAACUUUGUUGUCGAGACGUUAAAAAUCACGUGGAUUGUGGCCUUUUCUCUGAUCCCGCUCCAUAUCUUUGUGCUCGUCUCGGCCCUUCUCUGCUCCAACCACAUCAACCGCAAGUUCGGCAAGAACUUGCCUCCCAAGAUCUAUCGUCUGGAUUACCAAGGCAUUGUUGCUGGCACGCCUACGGGCAGCUCCGUCAAUCUCCACAGGGAUGGUUUGCAACAGAGAAACGUGUAA